AUGUCGCGAAGUCAAUGCUACAAAUGGUUUGAACGCUUCGAAAAUGGAAAUGAGAGCUUAGAAGACGAAGAACACCGACGUCGUCCUCAAGUGGUAGACGACGAAUUACUGAAGAAGGCGAUCGAGUCUGAUCCGACACGAACUACAAGAAAACUUGCCCUAGAGUUCGGAUGUUCGAAUUCGACAAUUGACGAGCAUUUACAUACAAUCGGGAAGACAAAUCGGUGCAGCAAAUGGGUUCCUCUUAAGCUGAGUGAUGAAAAUACAGCUGUCGAAUCGAAAAAAAAUCGAAGAGUUGGGCUGGAAAGUUUUGUCGCAUCCGCCGUAUAG